AGUAAGGUUUUGUACACAACAAGCCUUGUACAUUUUUUUCCCGUAGCUUUCGCGAAGUUUUUUUAAAAUUUUAUUUUUAAAGUAGCCUAUGCAACAACAAUUUUCUCUAUACGAUGAACCUCGGUUUCCUAAUAUUCAAGGGUGAAUAAUAAUGACCGCAUAUAACAAUCCCAAAUAAGGUAUAUUAUUUUUUAAUAAUUUAAACUAUUAUACAUAUAACUAUUAUAGAUCUAUUAUCUUAAACUAAGCAGGCUACUCAUUUGUGGGCGGGCUACCAUGGACACCGGUCUGCUCAUUACAGGGGUAGUUGUAGCGAUUUAUUUAAUUGUGUACAAUGCUUUCAUUAAAAGUCGGAGGUGUACAAGCUCUGCUAAAUUGCAUGGGAAGACUGCGAUCGUAACUGGGGCCAACACAGGCAUUGGGAAGACCACAGCCCUGGACUUGGCCAAAAGAGGGGCGAGAGUCAUCCUGGCCUGCCGAAAUCAGCAGAGAGCAGAAGCUGCUGUCUGUGACAUUAAGAGGGAAAGUGGGAAUGAUGAGGUGGUGUACAUGAAUCUGGACCUGGGGAGCCUGCAGUCUGUGCGCUCCUUCACUCAGACCUUCCUAAAGACAGAACCAAGACUGGACCUGCUCAUCAACAAUGCAGGUAUCUUCCUGCAAGGAAGGACAGAGGAUGGCUUUGGCAUGAUCUUUGGUGUCAAUCAUCUUGGUCACUUCCUGUUAACUCUUCUGCUGCUGGAGCGUCUGAAGGAGUCUGGCUCAAGCAGAGUGGUGAAUGUGUCCUCCAGAGCUCAUCUUUUUGGAGCCAUUGAUUUCAACUUCCUGAGCACCCACAAAGACCUUGGUGUGGGGGACACUGGCUUUCAGACCUUUCUGUUGUACAGCCACAGCAAACUGUGCAAUGUGCUCUUUACUCAUGAGUUGGCCAAGAGACUGCAAGGAACCAGUGUCACCUGCUACAGCCUGCAUCCAGGACCAGUCAGAACGGAAAUAGCUCGCUACACCAGUAUAUGGUGGAGACUCUUCAUCACUCCUAUAUACUGGCUGUUUUUUGUGGACCCAGUUUCUGGAGCCCAGACCACUCUGCACUGUGCCCUCCAGGAGGGCAUUGAGCCGCUGAGUGGGUGUUACUUCUCCGACUGUGCCGUGGUGGAUCUUCUCCCCAAGGCCAAGGAUGAUGCAGUGGCCAGAAAGCUGUGGGAAGUGAGUGAGAGACUGAGCGGACUGUGCUGAGAGAAAAGCAACACCUGCCUUUCUGCACUCCUGAAACACACGAUGGCCACAGAUUGGAAAAAUUAUAUUGUAAAUGGUUGGAAU